AUGAACACAUCGAAGAGCAAGAAGAAGCAAGAAGAUUCCGGUACAAGGUUUCUUGGGGUAAGAAGGAGGCCUUGGGGAAGAUACGCGGCUGAGAUCAGAGACCCAACUACCAAGGAGCGUCACUGGCUUGGCACUUUUGAUACGGCCGAGGAAGCUGCUUUGGCCUACGACAGAGCCGCUCGGUCCAUGCGUGGCACUCGUGCCCGAACCAACUUUGUCUACUCAGACAUGCCUCCUUCCUCCUCCGUCACAUCCAUUAGAUCUCCCGACGAUCCUCCUCCUCCUCCGCCUCCUGCUGCUACUCCUCCUUGUUCUAACGAUCCUGUCGAUUACAUGAUGAUGUUUAAUCAAUACUCAUCCACAGACUCACCAAUGCCGCCGCUUAACUCUGAUCAAAUGGACAGUAGUUACAUGUUUGGUGGCUCUCCUUCUUGUUAUUCAAACAGUAGCAGCGAGUUGCCUCCUCUGCCGAGCGACUUGUCCAGUUCUUGUUAUAGCCAACAAUCUUGGAGCGUAGAAGACUACUCAUCCGCUACCUAUUUCGAGGGUGAGUAUGUUCACAGUCCAAUGUUCAGCAGAAUGCCUCCGGUUUCUGACUCUUUUCCUCAAGGUUUCAACCAUUUCGGCUCCUAUAAUUAA